UUUGGUUUUUCUUUUUCGCUGACACGUCAAAAACGGUAUAAUGUGCGUCGAUGGGUGUAAUUUCGAUAAGUGCCGUUAGAUCGGAAGAGGGUUCACAAAAUGUCAUUUAAUUUAAAUGCUGGUAUAAGUGUUACCUCGUACUCUAGUUUUUAUUUUUUUGACGGAGCAUUAAUAAAAAAUUUUAAAAUAUAAAAUAAAUAAUAAAAAUAAAAUGAAAAACAUGGUCAGUAAAUAUAAAAGUGUGAAAAAGUGGGACAAAUACAUAUAUUAACAAUUCUAAAAACAGAGAGGACCUGCAGGAACAACCAUAAAAAUAAUAACAGGCUAACAACCCUACGCCGUAAAACGGUCCUUAAACAUCAACGCCGUUCCAACCCCCAGACAAGCCAAAAUUGUUGUCUUAAUCGACCAUUUAAACGAUCCCGUUAAUUAAAGUCGAAACGGACGUUUCCAAAUCUGUGCUCGGGAGUUUAAUAAACGUGAAAGGUGCGCAGGCGGGUGACAUGGACUAUGGACAAGUCGAGGACAAGGCGGGCGUAUGGCCGGAAGUGUCGCUGUCGGAAGUUUGUCAGAUUAGAAUGAUUGAGAGCCAAAGCCAGGAGCCGCGCGCAGGAGGAUGAGACCGGCGGCCGCCCCGCCGCCCGUCCGCUGCCGCCACCGCUCCUGGCGUAAACACGACUAGCGUUCCUCCCAAUCAGCCGCCCACGGCGACUCCAAUGGGCGAUCGCGACGGCAGUGCCGGAGGCAGCGAAGGUACUGCCACAUCGACGGCGAUACGAUGGGACGAACCGGUGCUGCCAUCGCAACCGUCGCCCCCAGGCGGGGGUGGCGGCGCGCAACCGAUGCCGCCGCCCCCGUUACCGCUCCAACUGCAAAGGCCGUAUUCGAGGAGUAUGUCGUCUUUACCUCCGGAGCCGUUCAUGAUCAUGAGAUCAAAGGCGUUAAACAGACGGGUGGUGAUCAACGUCGGGGGAGUGAAACACGAAGUACUCUGGCGUACUCUGGAUCGACUCCCUCACACCAGACUGGGGCGAUUACGGGACUGCAACACCCACGAAGCACUGAGCGAGUUGUGCGAUGACUACUCGCUCAUAGAUAACGAGUAUUUCUUCGAUAGGCAUCCAAAAUCCUUCUCGUCUAUAUUAAAUUUCUAUCGCACCGGUAAACUGCAUCUUGUAGACGAAAUGUGUGUUUUGGCUUUUAGCGACGACUUGGAGUAUUGGGGGGUUGACGAACUCUAUUUGGAAUCGUGCUGUCAACAUAAAUACCAUCAGCGUAAGGAGCACGUCCACGAAGAGAUGAGGAAAGAGGCGGAGUCGUUGAGGCAGAGGGACGAGGAGGAGUUCGGCGAAGACCAGUGCUCGCAGUGGCAAAAGUGGCUUUGGGACAUGCUAGAGAAGCCUACGACAUCGAUAGCGGCCAGAGUGAUAGCGAUCGUCUCCAUCUUAUUCAUAGUGCUCUCGACCAUAGCUUUGACGUUGAAUACGAUCCCGAGUAUGCAGGUGAACGAUGAAAAGGGCAAUUUCCAAGACAACCCGCAACUGGCGAUGGUGGAGGCUGUCUGUAUUACGUGGUUUUCCUUGGAAUACAUUCUGAGGUUCAGCGCGUCGCCGAACAAGUGGAAGUUCUUCAAGGGUGGUCUCAAUAUCAUCGAUUUGUUAGCCAUAUUGCCUUAUUUCGUGUCGCUGUUCCUGUUAGAAACGAAUAAGAAUGCAACGGAUCAGUUCCAGGACGUUCGUAGGGUGGUGCAAGUGUUCAGAAUAAUGCGGAUACUUAGGAUAUUAAAGCUAGCCAGACACUCGACCGGGCUGCAAUCGUUAGGAUUCACUUUGAGGAAUUCGUACAAGGAAUUGGGUCUGUUGAUGCUUUUUCUCGCCAUGGGCGUGUUGAUAUUUUCUAGUCUGGCUUAUUUCGCGGAGAAAGAAGAGCCAGGCACUAAGUUUAUUAGUAUACCAGAGACAUUUUGGUGGGCCGGUAUCACAAUGACAACGGUGGGAUACGGUGAUAUUUAUCCAACUACACCCUUAGGGAAGGUUAUAGGAAGUGUGUGCUGUAUCUGCGGUGUGUUGGUGAUCGCGUUGCCCAUCCCCAUUAUAGUUAACAAUUUUGCCGAGUUUUAUAAGAAUCAAAUGCGGCGCGAAAAAGCCCUGAAGAGGAGGGAAGCGCUUGAGAGGGCCAAAAGGGAGGGAAGUAUCGUCUCGUUUCAUCAUAUCAAUUUGAGAGACGCUUUCGCCAAGAGUAUGGAUCUGAUUGAUGUUAUAGUCGAUACAGGCCAUAAUAUGUCUCACGCUGACGGAAACAGCACCGAAGGGGAGUCCACAACUGGAGGCGGUGGUGGCAGAAAUCCUGCCCAGACGGGUAUGGGGUGUUACAGGAAUUUCGAUCAUUUUCCGAACAGGCAUCGAAGGAGCAACUCUUCCACGACACCGUGUCUUCCAACUAACGAGGGUCCACCACCACCAGGCUCGCCCUCUUCCCAACGUCGACUUUUGGAUUUAGGAGUAACCAGCGAUGAAAACUACCAGCAGAUGGCAGCGAUGGCUCCGCUGGCCCAAGACGAGACCCAGCCGAAGGGAUACAUUUCCCCAUCGGCUGACAGCAAAAAAUCUGAUACCUUGAAGAAGGCUGACAAAAUUGACGAAAUUCCUAGUGAAUACGAAUGUUGCUUUUGCACAACCAAGGACUAUAAGGACUUCGUGGACGCCGAAAACCUCAUGCCUCUGGCGACGAGCGACUUUCGGACACCGGUAUGUCUCGAAAUGCGGACACUGAAACCGGAAGUGUUGUUGGAAACUUUGAUACCGCAACAAAUUAUGGGGGCGUUCACGGAAGUGGACGUGGUACCAUCGAAAAAGGCCAACGGUACCGAUCUGGCUAGUAUGGACAGUUCGGAUACAUUCGCAAGUUGUGCAACUAAUCCGUUUAACUCACAGGGCGAUUUGACAUCGGAAAUCCUCGAACCUACAACACUCGCCUUGGACAGCAACCUCUACGUGAAUCCUUUAGACAAGUCCACAGACAACAGUCCGACAACAAUUCCACCGCCAGUACCACCCCCGCCUCAAAGAACCACCGUUAAAAAGUCAGCUAGUGGCGACACAGCAUUAAGAAGUUUGGGAGCAUCCCCAUUGGACGAGCAAGUUGGCUUCGGAGGUUUCGCUCAGAUUAUGGACAGAGGCAGCAGGGUUAGUCUCAACGAUUCGCCUUUGCUGAGAAAUAGGAAAACUAGAUUCCAACAGGGGGGCAAACCAAAGACGAGGUUUGGUGAUGCCCGACAGGAACGUGAUUCGCAAGAAAGUCUGGAUAAACGGAGAAAAAUUUCGCUUAUUCCAACUCGGGGACUGGCAUCAGCUACACGGAUCCUUAACCAGCAUUUGUUCGGACAUAGUUUGGGAGGAUCACGAGCUGGUAAAAAUGGAGGUAGCAAAUCGUCGCUGUCUGUAGAUUCGAUGGACAGUAGGAGCACAACAUCACCGCAGCUCGAAUUGCAUCGUCGGUCAAAAUCAAUCCUGAAAAAAGGUGACAUCGGUGGCGGUAGCAGAAAAGAAAUCGACCCAGAAAGCGAACGCCUUAUUUCCGACAAUGGAUCAGGCGUUUAUGAUGGCGGCGGAGACUAUUCACCAUCGCCGCCACCAAGUCGGUUGAGCGGAAAGACAAAAAUAGUACCUAACAGAGCCGCAUAUCAGCAGGACGUUGACAGAUCGCGAACGUUGAAGUCUCAACUGUUUUUUAUGGACGAUGUCGUCAAACAGGCCGAGAACCGAAAGGGACCGGCCGAAGUAAAUCAGGUGCCCCUGUAUAUAUGUCCGCCGCCACCGCCGAUGGACGAAGGCAAUUUUUCGCCGACGGAAGAAACUCGCCUGUUGCCUAUUUUAGGGUCGACGCCCACUUCCGGUUCCUGUAAGCAACCAAAUUCCAUAUCGAAAGAUCAUAUACAUCCGUCCGCGUAGCAUUCGAAGAUACUUGAAUCAAGUCCUAGGUUAGUUCAGCGGUCAUCAACGUAUCGCAUCACUGAAGUUUUAAUGUGCAGAGUGUUGAGACGCCACGGAAUUACGCUCGUCGACAUUUCGAAUGCAUUGUGACCGUGUGUUCCAGUGCUAUGACAUUGAUGUAAUAAAUCAUCGAGAUUCCUAUUUCAAACGAACGAUGCUUUUUUUUAAAUGAUGAAUAUAUUCUAAAUAUAUUUUGAACUAAACGUGAUGACUUAGGCGUAGUUACUAAUAUAUUGAAAUAAAAAGUGCAAACAUCGCAAGUGAUAGACAAUUCUAGUCCUCUAUAAACGUUAUUGUUAAAGAAAUGUGAACCGGUUUUAAUAAACUGCGAUAGUUGGCUGUUUGAUGGGUUGGUAGUCGUUGGUUAAGGAAAAACGGUUGUGUUUAAGUGAUUUAAACUAUCCAAAUGGUAGUCAAUGAUACAGCAAUACAUUUGGUAAUAAACUUCGGAUCGUCUCGGUUUUUAUUGCGCGUUUCUCCAUAGGAAUUGGCACCUGUAUAAUACAGUUACCCCUAAUGUGUCAUUAAAGACUAAGACGGUUCGACAAGUAAACAAAAUCUCUAUGAGAACAUUGAUGUUAUAAAAAUUGACUGGCCAAGCUUAUUUUUGUCUGUGAUUAAAUUAAUUUUAAGUGAUAAGAGUUGUAAAAAUGAUACACUUCAACUUGACGUUUGUUACUUUUUAAGGGUUUUUAUUGUAAAUUUCGAAAUGUCUCUUCUCGCAGAUCAGUCUUUUCACUUUUAAUGGUUUAGUAUGCCUUUGAUUUUUUUUUACGCUGUCCUGUUGUCGCAGGCUGGCCCGUAAUCACUUUCACUAUCUUGGAUCGGAUUUCGCAAAUAACGUCUACUAAUGACAGAUGAGUUGUAUUAAAAAUCAAUCGCCUCACUCUAAACAACUUAUAUCGCUACUUCUUACCCUGUUAGAGGUUGCAAAGAGUAUUUAGAUGAAAUAAAAUUCGGUGUAUAGAACUAAAUCUUCGGGUUCAUGUAUCUUGACGACUUUAGGAAAGUUGUGCGCUAAAAUGGCCUAAAACUAUUCAAAAAAUUGUUUUUUGCUAGGAAUCUAAUGCAUUAAUCGAAGAGAUUUUUCCAAAGAUGUUGAGAUACUGCAUUCCGAUAAAGCUUGCAUACUAAAUCAUCUUUUUUUACCCAAUUAUAGAUAUUUUUUGCCUUAGAUCUUACCAUAGCGAUAUCGUUGUGAUAGAGCACAAACGCCAGUGUUAUCAAACAUGUCAAUUAUGUAAAUAAAACAAAAAUAUCGCAAAUAUGCAAAUUACUUGUAAAUAAAAUUUUACAAUUUUCGAGUCAAAAAAAUGCAUUUGAACUACGUAUUUAAAAGCGCAAUCAAAAGUGGUAGCAACAUUGAUCGUUGUAUGUGUUUAGCAGUAGUCUCCAUUGCUGCAAGCAUUUUUGAUACGGCAUUUAUAACCUUAGUUGUCACUUGGAAGAAAUUUAUUACAAAUAUCCAUGUGUGGAAAAACUUAAGUAGACUUUUGUAAACUAGGCAAAACGACAAGUGGUUUUUACAAAAUAUGCAGAAGAAAUUUUAUAGUUAUUGUUACCGCGUAACUCACAGAAGAACUGGAAAUCAAAAAUAAAAUACAAAUUACGGUAGUUCAAAUGCACGUUGAAGCACCCCGCAUUUUUGCUUUAUCAUACCGGAAGAAACUAGUAAUUUUUUAGUUUUAUAGUCGUAUUUGCCGUAAAGCUGUAGAUAUUUCUUCAUCAGUGUCGGAGUCUGUAGAAGUAUUAAUUCUCUGACUGAUUUAAAGCUACGCUAUAAAUUGUAAAUGGACAACAAAUGCAACGACUAUUUUCUAUACUUUGUUCUUUACAUUCUUAUUCCUUCCAUAUUUUUGUAUGUUUUCUUGUUUUAUUUGACUAUACUAUAAACCAGUAGUUCUGAUUGAAUUCGUGUUUUUGCACGAUUCAACGCAUUGUGGGUCAGAAUUUUUGGUCGACAUAAAAGUGUUCACAAUCAUAAUACGCAAUUAUCGAUUUGUUAAAGUUUUAGAUAUCAGUUAAGAUGUGUAAACAGACAAUCGCGAGUUCAAGUACAAUAAACAAUUACACACUGACUCACAACGCAAAUAUACCGAAACAAUCGGCGUCGUUACAUUGAAUGGUUUUUGCAAAAACCCCUUUUAUAUAUAUUUUAUUGUUCUAAGAAAUGCACACGAGGAAUCAUUCGAUGCUAAGCGCCUCUGUUGUAGAUACCCUAAUAUAAUGUGAUUGCACAAAGUUGUUACAAAAUGAUAACAAACAUGAAUUUCAUUCCUGGCUGAACUUUUGUUGGAACAAAUUAUAAAAUUGUUAAA